UAAUUAUUGCCAAAUCGCUAUAUUUGGCUGUGUCUUGUAUAUAUAUAUAUGCCCCACGGAAGUGGGAAAUUGAAUUGAAUAGAUUGCUGCUUCAUGUUUGGUUCGCAGUUACAACCUUUCAAAGGAACAUGUUAAUCAGGGGUAGCUGCGGCUAUCCUCCACGCGUUGUUGACAGAGUUUCUACCCUGGCAACCUCUUUCGUUAUUCUCUUCCUUUCACCGGUGGUCAUUUGUCCUGUCACUUUAAACUGUUACGCAUCUAGACUGCUAGAAUAUAUAUUCACUAAGGGGUGAUAGAGAAGACACCUUCUCCCAACAUCAAGACAUCCUGGGUCAAGGGGCUUCCGUUCCUUUUCCUGUUGGGGACUUUCCCACAAGUCAGACCAUAGAUGCUGGAAGAAUAUUUAACGGAAUAUUUUAUUCCACUCGACCUACUCUUUCACUCUGUUAUACCUUUUGGCCUCGAUUCAUGACAGUGUUGCUGUCACUUGGACUCGUCAAUGGAGCGUUUUCUACACUUCGAACAAGAUAAAAUGGCGCAAUACGAACUGCGUGCCGCAAGAGGGAGGUUGAAUCUGGAGGACCAACUGGCAACGCCCCGGUCAACCAACCCUGUGAGACAUCAAAAUAUCGGAACGGCUCCCCAUCAACAAGGAAUACCAAACAACGGACCAUUGAAUCACCGUGGUGAUUCCUCAGCGCCAGGGCAUAGAGGUGCAAGGGGUGGGAUGCAUGGAGGUAGGGGUACUCCUGUCUGGGUUCGAGGCCGCGGCGCCUAUCGUCCAUCUCGAGCCAAUUUUGAUCACGCCAGAGGUUCAAAUCACAGGCAGUACCCAAGCGCUCGGCCGGUUGAUAAUAGCGAUAGCCUCCAACCCAAUGCCAGAAAGAAGGAGGACCAUUUUGCCAAAAUCUCGCGUUACGUCAAAGCUAAGGAGAUACGCAAUGAUAUUAACGAAAAACGCCAGUUGAUGAUUGAACAAUAUAGACAGAAGCCCGAUCCCUCAAUCAAAAUUCCAGAGACGAUGUUAUUCCUUUGGCCAGAUGAUGAGCUUCCACUGGAGAUGGCCCUUGGCAAAGACUUGGAAGCUCUGGAUCCAAUCCGUGCGGAAUUUGGCUAUUAUAUCUAUCUGUAUGAUGAAUCUCCAGACGGCCAGAAAUACAUCCGGGUCGACGGCGGUGACCACGGGAAAAUUAUCGAGAUUGUCCAGCGGCUUCGCGCGAAGUGGGCUAAUCUUCUCGCUGAAACAAGCGUUAAGACUAAACUAUAUCUUGUUCAAGCACCUACAGUUGACAUCUUUAAAGCAGAAGUAGGCUUAAUGAAAUGUCGCCAGCCUGGUAGUCAGAACAUCCAGGCGACUCCUUUUCUUUAUGGAGCCAAAUGGGACGACGCUGAGCUUGAACAGUGCCAUCAGCUUCGUAAAAAGAACGAGCAACGUCUGCGUAAUGCGGUGGACCAGUCCCUUGACGGUUUGCGGUUUCUUGCGGGUCAUGUCCGGAUGCGUAUAAAUUUCGGGAAAUUUGUACUCGAGAAUUACAGAGUUCCCCCGAAUUCGAAAGAGCUGUAUUCUUUUGAGGAAUUUCGAAGUAUGCUUUUUUAUGCUGGAACAAAAGGUCGCCUAAUUCCUGGGCUCGGUUUCAAAAGCGCUGACGGUGACCUAAUGACUCGAUGCUCACAAGCUUCAGACCUUCUUGCGCCGUUCGACCCACAGAUAGAGUCUCUAGAAAACAAUAAACCGCACUAUGCGGUAAAUAUUGAAUUUGAAGGCGCUAAUAAUGCACUGCUUCGUUUGGAGGUUGAAUUCGAAUCAUCUCGUUAUCGACCAAACCUUUUUGAGAUAUCGCAUCGACGUUGGCUAAAGCCUCAAAGUGAUGAUGGGCUUGGAGAAAAGCGACCGCCGCUUCAGAUUGGGGUUAUCGACUUUGAAAGGUCCGACUGGCAGCUGGAAAUCAAAGCUUUGGAUUUCCAGGAACAAUCUAACAUUGAGCAGUCUCUAAAAAGCUUUGAUCACUCUAUCCAAUUCAAGAGAGGUCCCACCGAUGGACUUCGUGGUACCGCAGUGCAGCGUGUGACGUUCUCCAACAUUGCGACUGUUUCCAAAAUCACGGAAAAGUCAGCACUUAGAUAUCGUCUCAAGGGUACUAAAUACAUCUUCGAGCUUGCACGGUACGAUACAUAUCAUCGUGCCAUCCGCCCAGGUCCGCCGUCCAUCGGUGAUGGCAACAAAAUGAACCAAACAGCCGAAACAACAUGGGGUGCCUCCAUUUUCCGCCAAGAAUGGGAUAACAUGUUGGGACAGAAUGGGAGUUUCCGAGUUGGGCAAACCGCCGACUGGAGUGCAAGUCUCAAUACUUUUUUCCCUUGUCUGUCUGACGAGGAUUCAACGGAUGUCAACACUGGAUUUCAUCAGUUUAUCGACUUGGUGAACAAGGUUGCGAAGCUUUUGACCCCUGAGAGAAAGAGCGAAGUUGUUGAGCGGGCUGAAACCACUCCUUGCGGAAACAUCAAACCAGUUAUCAUGUAGAAUGCGCCGAAGAAGUUCUAGGCCCAAGUUGCUAGUUCGUGAAGCAAUUUGAUUGCCCGUCACUGACCUAAUGAAAUGGAUGAAGGAGCGCAAUCCACAGGUUGUUGAUGGUAAUAGUUGCUUCUAAUAAACAUCAAAACAGAUAUUUUUACUUUGGUGGAUGAUACUUGGUUCCUCCUUCACAGGUUUUACUUUCUUUUCCCCCCUUCCCCUUACGAAUUCAUAAAUUGUUGCCUAGUAGAAUCAAACCGGGUUUUUGGCUUCACCAUGUCUGCAUUAAUGAGUAUGGAGAUAGGGUCUGGAGUGCGUUUUAGUUAUCAAGAUUGUUUUUACUUUUCAUGAGUGGGUUUUAUUCAUUUAUGAGAAUAGAACACCCGGUUAAGUUAACAAAUGGUAUGAUCGUCCUGCCUUCAUCGUAGCGUGUCUUGCCAAAACUUUAGUUCCCACUUGGAAAAGAAAUUUCCCUCCCAGCUGCUUCUCAUCCUAUCCUAUCGUAGGUGAGGAAAACGACACGACCUAGCUUUGACACUCUUGCCAAGGGCAAAGUGGAAAUUGAAACCACAGUGAUGUAAGAAUUCUAUUUGCCAAAUAUACUCA